GCGUUCGAUGUCAGGCAAGUUCUGUUCCAAACAUGUAUCAGAAGUCAUACCCGAUCGUGGUGCUCUCGCUAUGCCUGAGCGUUGUCCUGGCCAGCCGCCUGCAAGCGCCACCCCACAAGCCUCAGGCCCACAUCCAGGAGCUGAAGGCGGAGAGCCAGGACCUGGCCAGUGCACAUAGCCAGGGGUCGAACCUUUGCUUCAGCACGUACCUUCCCAUCAUGGAUAAAAUUAACGCCGCGUAUGAAACCGACUUCGAGGGCUGCAUCAACAACUAUGAAAACGCGAGCCUCGCCGUCGACGCCAAGUACACUUCCGCUUUCGAGGAGAUCGUGAAUAAUGCCGAGAGGUCGUGCAGAAACCUGCAUGCGUGUCAAUAUUGGUCCUAUUCGAAGAUGCCCCUCGAGGAUGUGUUGUCAGGACUCGAUUGCGCCACCUCUGUGGCUGCCGAUGAUGCCAAGAUCUUUUACAACAUCUCGAACACUGCCACGGAGCUCGGUGCUAAGAUUCAGGCGGACUAUCUCUCCAUCGAGAGUAGGAAGGACUUGUGCGUGAACGAUGCCGAGAGGACAUAUGUGGAGGGCACAACGAGCAUCUAUGAGCAGUUGAAUGCUUGCUUAAGGGGCGAUACUGUACCUACCCCAUCCCCGGCCACACCAGCACCAGCUGGGUUUUAG